UUGAUCCUUUGCUUAUUUUCUUCACCAUGGCCCAAUCAACUAUAUGUUUUCUUCUUUUUCUUUCAUUUUCAGUGCUACUUCACAAUGUUACUGCAUCAGAUGAUAUUAGGUGCUUGCUAGGACUGAAGGAGUCGUUUAAGGAUCCUAAUGGAAAUUUGAAUUCUUGGAACUUCUCAAACUACUCGAUGGGGUUUAUCUGCAAGUUCAUUGGUGUCUCUUGCUGGAACGACAACGAGAACCGGGUGAUCAGCGUCUCACUUCCAAACAUGGAUCUCAGUGGACAGCUCCAAGAUGCCUUCAAAUAUUGUUCCUCUAUGACUACCCUUGAUCUCUCUGGUAACAGGUUCUCCGGUCCCAUUCCUUCGGAAAUUUGUAGUUGGACUCCUUUUUUAGUAAACCUUGACUUGUCCAACAACAGUUUCUCUGGUUCUAUACCUGCUGAACUUGGAAACUGUACCUACCUCAACAAGUUGACGCUCAAUAACAACAAACUCUCUGGAAAUAUUCCACCAGAAAUCUCUAGAUUAACAAGGCUCAAGGUGCUCUCCUUGGCUAACAAUAAUCUCUCUGGUAACAUACCACCAUUUUCAGGAUUGUCUCACUAUGAAUUUGGAGGAAACAGGCAUCUAUGCAGCGGGCCAUUAGCCAAAUGUGGUUGAAGAUGGAAAACAAAUUUACACGAGUUUUGUUCACCAAAGGCUAAAUGUAUCUUUUAUAGUCUAUCUGGAUUUCUGUUUCCUGUCAUUUCAUAUUUGUAUUGUUUAUUGAAGCAAUAUUAUGAUAGAUUAUAUUGUUUGUUUGUUGUAAUGGUGGCUUCUUUCUGUGUCCAUCCCACAAGUUAUUGUACACAAUGCAAAGGAACAGAAAAUAUUAAUACUCGAACUAUCA